AUGAGUCCCUCGGGGCCCAUUAUACAAGUUAACCUCAACCACUCGGCUAGGGCUCAGGAUCUGUUGAUGCAGACCCUGGUCGAGUGGGAGGCCGGGCUGGCUGUGGUGGCGGAGCCAUAUAGGGUUCCCAAUCACCCAAACUGGGUGGGGGACCAGCUGGGCUCCGCCACCGUUGUAUGGAACGGAAGGCCAGGGUCCCCACCGCUUUCUAUUAUAGAAUGCGAUCGGGGAUUCCUGGCAGUGCGUUGGGAGGACCUCGCGGUGGUGGCUAUCUACGCGCCGCCGAGCUGGCCUCUUGCGGUCUUUGAAAGGUACCUGGACGGGGUUGGGAGAUGCAUCUCCCGCUGCCUUCCCCGUCCGGUACUCGUCCUGGGGGAUUUCAACUCCAAGUCUCAGGCUUGGGGUUCCCCCGAGACAGACGCAAGGGGCCGAGAAGUGCUCGACUGGGCGGCCGGACUGGAACUCUGUCUGUUAAACACGGGCUCCGUCGAUAUGUACGUGCGGUGGAAUGGGGGGUCCAUAGUGAACCUGUCGUGGGCUACCCCCGCAGCCGCGCGCCGUAUCUCGGGUUGGAGAGUGGCGGUAGAGGCCGAAUCGUUAUCUGACCACAGAUACGUGGUCCUCGGCCUCUCCGCCGGCAGAAAUGCACAACCACGACGGCGCCCAGUGGCGGCAAGGCCACCACCGCGAUGGCCACUGAAGGAGAUGGAUGAGGACGCCCUAAUGGCGGCAGCCCACGUCGUGGCCUGGCCAGACGGCCGGGCCUGUCGACGGGCAGGUGGAAGCCCAACGGCUCCGGAGCGCAAUGAAGGCGAUAUGCGACGCCGCUAUGCCCCGGGCCAGGGUCCACCCGAGGAAGGUGGUGUACUAUUGGUCGAGAGAGAUUGUGGAUAUUCGCACUGA